AUGAAAACUUCAUCCAAAAGCUCGUCUUUGACAGAAAAUAACAGGAAAUCACUUGAUGAAAGAAAAUCAACUCUGCAACAAAUUGAAAAACAAUAUAAAGAGUCUAAAUUUAAUGAAAUGCAGAAAAACAUUGAUGAAAUGACAGAACACCUCGAACGCUACACCUAUCCAAAUGACCGAUCUUAUUUGGAACAGUUUGCAGAAGAUCUUAAACAGAAAAUCAAUGACUAUAAAGCAAAUCCGGAAGUUAUAGCUGUAAAAGACGAUAACCAGCAUGCCGCCAUGAAAUACUUCAAUGCUUUAGAUAAUCACCUUAAAACAUUAACAAAUAUGGAAGUUCAAAGAAUAGAUGUCCUUGAAUGUAAGUGA